GUGUUCCACGCGUCUUUGUUGUACCCGUAUGAAACCCUAAUCUGGCAAUUCAACUUUUCCACUCCAACCAUCAUCUACGGCAAUCUUUUCUCUCAUAUAUUCAAAACCCCCAAUUCAUCUAAACCCUAAUCAAAAGUGGUGAACCUGCUUCUAGAGAGAGAAACCGAUGGACGAGAAGUUGAUACAGCGGCUGGAAUCCGCCGUAGCAAGCUUCAAUCUGGUUCGUCACGAGCCGAGCUUGGCUCACUUUCUAACCGAGCCGAGCUUGGCUCACUUUCUAACCGAGCAGAGACAUCUCAGCUCACUUUCAAAACGAGCCAUAUCAACCAAGCUUUUUCCAAGCUCCGAGCUUUUUCCGAGCUAAAGCCGAGCUUGGCUCACUUUCUAUCGAUGAUAUGAUCUGAAUUGGCGUAUUUUCACAAACUCGCCACCAACUCUCCUACUCCAUUACUUCAAGCAUGUCAACUACCACAAGCAGAGUUUCCUCUAACAAAGAUUCCAGAUCAUUGGAGAAUGUUGAAAUCACUUUGCUCAACCAAGUUAAUGCUUCAAAUUCAAAGGUUGAUGUCACAAUUAAGGUCCGUAUAAUUAAGCUUUGGAAGCUACCUUCUUUCAAGAUAAAAGGUGCUACACAUUCAGUUGACGUAAUACUUAUGGAUGAAGAGGGUACAAAGAUUCAAGCCACUGUUAUGGGUAACUAUCUAAGCAAACAUGGGAAAUUCCUCGUGGAGAGAGAGUGUGUCCUAAUUAAGAAAUUUGAAGUUGGUGACAAUGUCUCACAAUAUCGGCUGACAAAUCAUAAACAUAGACUCUUUUUUGAUUAUGAUAGCAACAUGAUGAGAUGUAAUGAUGCUGUUGGAUCUCCUCAUGGCUUCUCAUUUACUGAAUUUGAUCUCUUUCUUAACAAUGCUCUCCCAAGUAAUUUCGUUGUUGAUAUAAUUGGUUAUUUGUAUACGUAUUUCGAUAUGUAUGAUCACAAAACGCAAAAUGGGCAACUCAAAAAGAGAAUGAACAUUCAAGUUCGUGAUGCUCAGAACCGUAAUAUUUAUGUUCAACUGUGGGAAUCAUUGGCUGAGAAGAUGCAGAAGUUCGUGGAUAAAAAACCCAACGGUGUUACUGUUUUGAUAUUGCAAACUGGGAAAUUCACCUUUUCAGGCGGGAAGGCAUAUGUUUCAUCAGCUUUCCAUGGAAGUACAUUAUUCAUUAACGAUGACAUUGAGGAAAUCAUUGCUUUCAAACGCAGUUUACUUGAGAAAGAAUCUGAUGACUCCGUUUCAAGCCGUCGUUUGGUGUCGUCACAAUCUGUUACCAGUCUACAAGAAGAGUUUUCUAAAAUUCACAAUAAUUCAUUUUCAUGAAUUUUUUAGACAUGUAUUUAUACUUAUACUUUAAUUAUAUAACAGGAUGAUAGUCUCAGCAUGAUUCCUGAUGAAAUUGCUGAUUUGGUUGGAAAAAAGUAUGCAUUUAACAUUGACAUUUCCAACUUUAAUGUCUCAAACAACUACAAGUCUUUCACUGUUAGCAACCUCACUGAUGAUCCCUCCAUCAUAUCAAGGCUUGAAGCAAAUCUAGAGGUUUUUCAGGUUAACCCAUCAGACUCCAUGAAUUCCAAAUCCAUUGAAUUUGAAUCCCAAGAUACUGUCAAUUUCAAGGAUACUAUAUCAUCCACGAGCGACAAUGUUACUCCCACGUCACUUAUUGUUACAAGUAAUGCGAGAACUUUGUUGGAUGAUGGAGGUGUUAAGAAAAACACCACUCACUCGGAAUUGAAGCGUAAUCUGUCUGAGGUUUAUGAGAUUGAUGAUUCUCCUAAACAGUCGGCAACUAAACCCCCUCCUAAAUCUGUUGAAGGUGCGAAAGGAACUUCCAAUGCAACCCUCCUGAUUCCAAAGAAGGAAAAAGAAUGAUAUUUAUCCGAAUUUGAAAGAAUCAUCUUUUCGUCUUUUUAUAAACUAUUUAUUUAUUUGGAUUUGGUAUUUUAUUAUCAUUAAGAACUAAGUACUUGAGUAUUUGUAUUUGCUUGGUUUAAUGUUAUUUCCUUUGUUUGAACUUAA